AUGAGAUCCUCACAUAAGCGUAAUUUGGCUGCGCUGCUUUCCAUCAGCGGAGCCGCGGUGGCACAGCAGACGGCAUGGGGUCAAUGCGGAGGACAAGGAUGGUCCGGUGCGACAUCAUGUGUGUCAGGCUACACUUGCUCCUACACAAAUGACUGGUACUCCCAGUGCGUUCCUGGAUCAUCCGGCGGCGGAGGUAGCAACCCUACAACGACCACCACGAUGAUCCGGACGACCACGACGGCUUCCUCCUCGGGCCCCACCGGCGGCGCUGGUGGUGGUAAGGUUCGAUUUGCCGGUGUCAACAUCGCCGGCUUUGAUUUCGGAGUGGUGAUCAGCGGCACUCAAGACAUGACUCAAAUUGUGGACGAGUCCGUCGAUGGUGUCAAUCAGAUGCGACACUUUGUCAACGAUGACGGCUUCAACAUCUUCCGCCUCCCGUCAGGCUGGCAGUUCCUGGUGAACAACAACCUCGGUGGCUCACUGGACUCGAACAAUUUCGCCAAGUACGACAAGCUGGUUCAAGGAUGUCUGUCCCUGGGAGCAUACUGUAUCGUCGAUGUCCACAAUUACGCUCGCUGGAACGGCGGCGUCAUCGGACAAGGCGGUCCCACCGACGACCAGUUCACCAGUCUCUGGACUCAACUGGCCACUCACUACAAGAGUGAAAGCAAGAUCAUCUUUGGUGUGAUGAACGAGCCACACGACCUGGACAUCAACCGAUGGGCCACCACCGUGCAAAAGGCCGUGACGGCGAUCCGCAAGGCCGGCGCCACUUCCCAAAUGAUCCUUCUUCCAGGUACCGACUUCACCAGUGCGGCCAACUUUGUCGAGAAUGGCUCCGGUGCCGCGCUCUCGGCCGUCACCAACCUGGACGGAUCCACCACCAACCUGAUCUUCGACGUGCACAAGUAUCUCGACUCCGAUAACAGCGGCACCCACGCCGAGUGCGUGACCAACAACGCCGACGCUUUCAACAGCCUGGCCCAAUGGCUCCGCACCAACAAGCGUCAAGCCAUGCUCACCGAGACCGGUGGUGGUAACGUCCAGAGCUGCGGAACAUACAUGUGCCAGCAACUGGAUGUGCUCAACCAAAACUCUGAUGUUUACCUUGGAUGGACCUCGUGGAGCGCUGGAGGUUUCCAGGUUUCCUGGAACUAUGUGCUGGGUGAGGUCCCAACCAACAACGUUGAUACCUACCUGGUCAAGCAAUGCUUUGUUCCCAAGUGGAAGAACUAA